GGUUGUUUGCAUAAAGUUUAUUUGAGGUAAAAAUGCCGAGAAGUACUCUGAUUGAUUUAGAUGUUGACAAAUUGUUUGAGGAGAAAAGUGUAGAUGAAAUUAUAGAGAUAGAAAAAUUAAUAAAUGGGGAAAUUGACAAAAAACGAUCAGAACUUCGGUCUAUGGUGGGGGAUCGCUAUAAAGACAUACUAGCCGCCUCAGAUGCCAUAAAGUCAAUGAAAACUAUAUCCGAAGACAUUGUUAAAACUAUUGACCAAAUUACGAAUACAUGCAAAAUAUUAAUAACAGCACCGGAUUCACCUAAAACAAAUGCUACACGUGAUACUAUCCUUCUCAAAAGAAAGAAUGAAGAGCGUACUUUGAUAAUUCAGCUGAGAUUAGCAAUUUCUCUUAAUGAACAAAUAUGGAUCGCUAUUGAAGAAGAAGACAAUUUAAUCGCAGCACAACAUUGCUUGUUGGCCCAACAUAUCUACAUGGGUCUGGACUUAACUGAUUGGAGGUACUUAGAGAAUAUACAUUUAUUGGAACAUUUGAAGCAAAAUUUGUCUAGUCUUAAGUCCAAAGUUUUCCGAAACAUCUCUGAAAAGUUAGAAUAUAUGGAAAUCAACUCAGAUGAAGCCAGUAAAAAUUUGAAUGCCCUAAUGCUUUUGGAGAAUCAAACGGGGCUCAAAAUACUGGAGAAAUGUAUUGAACAUCGAAAGGCAGCAUUGGAUGGUGUUAUUUCGUCCCAACAUCCUAGUAUAAGAUUGUUAGUUAUGGCAGUGAUUAGGUGUUUACUUACGAGUGUCAUAUUAUUCCAUGACUGCUUUAUUAAGGCUAAAGAAGGCAAAACGCAGAAUAACGAGGACUACUUAAAUAUUCAAAUGCCAGUUACCCCUUUGCUCUCCUAUAUCCCAGAUGUGGUGAGGCAAUACAGACCUCAAUCCCCAGUUUUACAAGUGGAUAAAUUGAAUGCCAAAGGCUUGGUUAAUAAUUGGCUACUCUGUGUGAAGCAAUCAGUAGAGGAGGGAUUAAAAAAAUCUCUGCAAUCUGUAACUACUGUCAAGGCUUUGCAGCUGAUUCGUGAGGAGUAUAAUAAAAUUAAGAUGCCUGAGAACUGGAUUCAAAUUUGUGUGGAUUUGCACUUUCCAGAAAGCUUUGACAUGUGGCAGUACUUUUUACAAGAUUUGUUGACCUCCAAAGCCAAAAGCCUUAUCUCCAGUAUAAUUUCGCGCAACACAGAAGAGAUUAAAAGUGAUGUUACUGCGGUGCUUCAAAAAAUUGCUAAAACUAAGGAUUUCGAGGUUGAUUUAAGAAGUUACGCCUGGACUGAGGAGCAUUCGGAUGUUGAUAAAGCAGAUCCAAGUCACACAGGUUUAACUAUGAAAACCAAAGGGUUUUCCCAAAACUUCAUAAAUCUCUGUGGGACAGUCGACUCAAAAUAUUUAGCACUGCUAAAAGAUGUUUCGCCAUAUUUGUAUGGUGUUGAAGUGCCUGAUAGUUCCAGUAACGGACUUGUCGCCACCGGUAAAUGUAGGAAAUAUGUUGAUGGUGCCCAAUUGGAAAAUCAUUUAGCAGAGGAAUGCAUAAGUUACUCACUACGGUUACCUGCGUUUAUAGAGGAGCAAAUAAGUACCGACAUGGACGUGACCAGGGUAUCGAAAUCGUUGUUCUUUGCGAGAUUUUUGGGCGCUGCUUGCGAAAUGUGCACAAGCUUUGUUAGGUCCUGCCAAUUUAACGGCGACGCUACCGGUUGGAAUCGCGUGUGCCGCGACUUCUUGUCGUCCAGUGACCGUUUGUGGGGGAAUUGGGUCGACGCCUGCGUAAAAGUCACCGUCCAUCUUUCCAGAGAGAUGAACGACACGAGUCCGAAAAAAAUGAUUCGGGAAUUAUACAAGUGGGAUGAGAUCGAGAUCCAGGAACAAACCGAGGAGAAAACGUUCAAAUCCCAUAUCAGGGUACCGCUCAGACCUAGCGUUUCGCUCGUAACCGUUCUGGCCAAGCUCAACGCCGAUCUCGCGCAAAUACUACCGUUUACUCUGCCCAAUUCCAUACACGACCAGUUUUUAAUGCGGAACUCGCGCGUCAUUUUGGCCGAAUAUGAAAAAAUCGUCUCCCAACCCCUUAACCAGAUAACAGCGCUGCAGUUUUUGUUUGACGUGCGAUUUUUCGUUAGCCUCUGCGUUCCCAGGGAAAACGUAGAUGUAGGGGGCAACGCUCAGCGCAUUUGCGACGAGCUAAGACAAAAAAUCGACCCAUUCGACCUCGAUGUCUUCUAUUCGUACCUACAGAGUAACGUGAAGAAGGCCGUCGGGCAGCUUCAGACGAUGUUCGGGGGUCUCGUGCCUUACAACGCUCAGCCGCACGCCACUGAGACUGUGCCGGCCAAGCACAAAAGUCAAGAAAUAACGCCGUCGCUACUUGCAUUAAGUAAACCGUCGUCUGACGCUUGGUUUCCGUUGUUGCCGAUCACAGGGCCGUCGCAUAAGGUCGCCCCGCCUUCCGGUAACCUGGAAAUUAAGGAAGAACGGAAAGCCCCCGGGAAAACGCUCCACGAGUCGCUCUCCUCGAGACAACUCGCCACUUCCAUAUUCGGAGGCAUCGCCAGCGACUGGUUCUCUUAAUGUCCCAAAUAAUGCAGUCCCUUUUUUUAGAGCUUUAAGGAAAAUAAAACAAAGCAAAAAAAAAUACUUCGCAUUUUAUUUGACACAUUCAAAGGGGCCGCGGCGAAAUUAAAAAUAAAUAUUAAAAAUAGUAACAUAUAAAAAAUAACUCAUCUAUAAAGUUUAACCGAAUAGUGACGUCUCGAAAACUUAAAACUCUUCCGGGCGGCGCCAAAGUAAAGG